AUGGCGUGCGCGCAGACCGGGUCCGGGAAGACGGCCGCGUUCUGCCUCCCUGUGGUGAGCGGGCUGGUGGCGGCGGCGGCGGAGGGAGGGCAAGGUGGCGGAGGGGGUCGCGGCGACAGGGAUGCGUACGACUACGACUACCGCCGCGCGGCGAGGCCACUCGCUCUCGUGCUCGCGCCCACCAGAGAGCUUGCAGCGCAGAUUAAUGAGGAAGCAAAGAAGUUCGCUCACAAAACUGGACUCAAAGUUAAGGUGGCCUAUGGAGGAACUUCAAUGGUUCAACAGUUACGUGAUAUAGAGAAAGGCGCAGAUAUUCUUGUUGCUACACCUGGGCGCCUUGUGGACAUGAUUGAAAGAGGAAAGAUCUCUCUUGAGGCAAUUAAGUACCUGAUAAUGGACGAGGCUGACAGGAUGCUGGAUAUGGGGUUUGAGCCUCAGAUAAGGAAGAUUGUUGAUGGGAUGGGUAUGCCACGAAAGUCGGUGAGACAAACUAUGCUGUUCAGUGCAACCUUCCCACCAGAAAUACAGAGACUGGCUUCAGACUUUUUGUCAAAGUACAUAUUUAUCACUGUUGGGAGAGUGGGUUCAAGUACUGACCUAAUUACGCAGCAAGUUGAGUUUGUCACUCACGAUGAGAAAAGAACCUACCUGAUAGAUCUCUUACAGAAACAAUCUUUCACUUCAUCUGAUGGCAAGCCUCAGCAGCCUCUAACAUUGGUUUUUGUGGAGACAAAACGAGAAGCUGAUUCAUUGAGGUAUUGGCUAUACAACAAAGGUUUCCCUGCAACAGCGAUCCAUGGUGACAGAACACAAGAGGAGAGGGAAAGCGCACUGAGAUCUUUCAAGUCUGGCUUGACCCCUGUCAUGGUCGCCACUGAUGUAGUCGCGCGAGGCCUGGAUGUUCCUAAUGUUGCUCAUGUCAUCAACUAUGAUCUUCCCAAGAGCAUAGAGGAUUAUGUCCACAGGAUUGGAAGAACUGGGAGAGCUGGAAAUGCUGGGAGUGCCACCGCCUUCUUCACUGAAUCCAACCACCCCAUAUUACUGGAACUGAUGACCGAGGCAAAACAGAAUGUUCCUACCUGGCUAGAGGACUACGCAGGGAAGCCAUUCUAUGGAGGGUCAAGCUUCGGCGGAAGAGGCCGAAGGUCCAAUGGCGAUGGUGGCAGCAGCUUUGGUGGCAGAGAUUAUCGCGGCGGGGGUGACUAUUCUGGCUACUCUGGCGGUGCAGGAGCUACUCUGGCGGCGGUGGCGACCGCUACUCCGGUGGCGGCGGCGGCGGUGACCGCUUGGUGA